CGACAGGGGCCGCGUUCAACGCUCUCACUUUCUCUCUCUCUUUCGUGUAAGAUUAAGUCGUGUCGCCGAAAGGUAAAACCCCACCCAACACCCACAAACUCAGCCCCAGUCGGCGGACCAUUUAUCAUCCUUCUCUCGGGGUUUCGUCUUAAUCUCAACAACGUCGGUCAACUCAGCAUCAUUCCAACAAGAAUCUAGGGUUUGUUGACUUGUUUGGCGGUGAUUGUGGUUGUUGUGUUUGUGAUGAUGAUGAUGAACUGACUUCUAAUUUGGAUCAAUUUUGUACCUUUUUGAAAUGAUGGAGGGUCAAAAUUUGGUAGCCGAUAGUCAAAUUUCCGAUAGGGUUCAACCGAUUGGCGAUGGUUCAAAGGUGGUCGGUGGUAUGUCGGAUGUUAUUGAGGGCGUCGCCGGUGGAGGAGCAAAGGUGGAGUUAGGUAACGGUGGAGGGGGAGGGGCAGUGUCGAAGAAGAAGCGAGGGCGGCCGCCUAAGGGUAUGGUGAAACCGCCUCCUGCUAAGAAGAAUAAAGAAGUGGAGGAGGAAGAAGAUGUUUGCUUUAUUUGCUUCGAUGGUGGGAGUCUCGUGCUUUGCGAUCGCAGGGGUUGUCCGAAGGCAUAUCAUCCAGCUUGUAUCAAACGGGAUGAAGCAUUUUUCGAGUCUGCAGCUAAAUGGAAUUGUGGCUGGCAUAUAUGCAGUAUAUGUGAGAAGACAGCUCAUCAUAUGUGCUACACUUGUACAUAUUCAUUGUGCAGAAGUUGCAUUCGGAAGUCUGAUUAUGUUUGUGUUAGAGGUGAUAAAGGCUUCUGCACUAUUUGCAUGAAAACAAUCAUGUUGAUUGAAAAUAAUGGUCAAGGAGAAGAUGGAAAGGUAUAUUGGGUUUACUUAAAAGGGAAAUUAUCAUUAACUUUAGAAGAACUCACUCAAGCUAAAAACCCAUGGAAAAUAUCCACUACAAUUUCUACAAUACCUUCACCUCUUCCAUCAACCACCAUUACACCACCACCACUACCACCACUACCACCACCACCAACAGCAGCAGCAGCAGCAGCAGCAGCACCACCACCACCAACAACAACAACAACAACAACAUCAACAUCAACAUCAUUUGAUAAUCCUGAAGAAAACGAAUCAAAAAGAAGAAAAAUAGAAGAUCAUAUUCAUAUCAGUAUAACACCACCCCAUAAAGAAUCUGUAAUUACAGAAAAACCAUUGAUCAAGAAGGAUGAAUUAGGGUCAAAAGAUUGGGCAACAAAAGAGCUGUUGGAUUUUGUUUCACACAUGAAAAACGGGAACACAUCUGUAUUAUCCCGAAUUGAUGUCCAAUCACUUUUAAUGGAAUAUAUAAAAAGAAAUAAUCUUCGUGACCCAAAAAAGAAAAACCAAAUCAUAUGCGAUUCAAGGCUAAAAAAUCUUUUUGGGAAACCAAGAGUUGGACACAUUGAAAUGUUGACACAUUUGGAGUACCAUUUUUUCAUUGAAGAGGAUUUAUGCAAGAUUUCGGUCAACAAUUCGGUCAACACCACUGCAAUAUUAGAUGAUCCUGAUUGGACCAAUGAGAAUGUGGUUGUGGUUAAAGAGAAGAAACGAAGGAGAAGAAGUAAAGGGGUAGAAAUGGAACGUGGAUCACAGAACAAAUUGGAUGAAUUUGGUGCAAUUGAUGUUCAUAAUAUGAAUUUGAUAUACAUAAGAAGGGAUUUAAUGGUGAAGCUUCUAGAAGAUACUGGAAGUUUCCAUGGGAAGGUGGUGGGGUCCAUUGUGAGGAUAAGAGUAUCUGGUAGUGAUCAGAAGAAUGAUAUGUACAGGCUUGUGAAAGUUGUAGGUACAAGUAAGGUGGAAGUAAUGUAUAAGAUUGAUGGAAAGUUAACAGAUUUUAUGCUUGAAGAAGAAUGUAGACGCCUGCAACAAAGUAUAAGAUGUGGGCUUGUAAAACACUUUACUGUAGGUGAAAUACAAGAUAAGGCAAUCGCCCUGCAGUCAGUCAGGCUAGAUGAUUGGAUGGAAAAGGAGAUAUUGCGGCUCAAUCAUCUUCAAAAACUCCAACUUCUAAAGACUCUAGAUGAACGAGAACACAGGCUACAAGAAAUCCCAGAAGUCCAUUCAGAUCCAAAAAUGAAUCCAGAUUAUGAAUCAGAUGACACUGAAGAGUAUUUCAACAAAGAACAUGGAGAUGAUAUGGAGUCAAAAUAUUGUGGGGUGAAGAGUUCAAGAUCUCCUAAAAAAAGAGCAGGAAGUUCCAAUGAUGCAAAUGGGCGAACAAAGAAAAACGAGCAAUUAAAAAACUUAAAUGUUUCAAAUGAUGAAGAGGGAGGAAAUACAAAAGAAGGAAAUACAAAAGAUACCCCUGGCCUUGGUAAAACAGAAUAUGAGAUUGAGUGUAAUGGUUCAACCAUCACUAAAUUAAGCUCAUCAGUAUCAAAUAGUGUUCAAGAAACAACAACAAUACCUUCUUCAUCUAUUCCCAUUAAGAACAACACAUUUUGUCUUAAUGAGACAUUGUGGCAUUACCUCGAUCCAAAUGGAAAAGUUCAAGGCCCGUUUUCUAUAAUCCAGCUUCAAAAAUGGAGUACAACCGGUUACUUUCCUGUUGACAUGAGGGUAUGGGCAAAUCACGAGGACAAAUCCGUCCUUUUGAAUGAUUUAUUAAAAGAACAGUUUGAAAACCAUGAUCAUGAGAAUGAAAAUGGGAAUGGGAAUGAGAUUCCGGGGGAUAAAGAUUGUAAUCAAACCGUGGCUAGUGAGAUUCCGACUCCGAUUCCGGUUCCGGUUCUGUCUCCGUCGUCUGAUGUUUCCGUGAUUCCUUCUUCUGCUCCGGUUUCUGUCAAUCAUGAGAAGUUUUCCGAUGGGUCGUCUGGCCAUGGGCAGAAUUGGAAUGGGAAUAAUAACUUGAAGUUUAACAUGACGGGUGUUGUGUCUUUGACAAUGUCGAACGAGUCAACCGGAAACCUCAAUUCCGGUGAUGCGCCGAGGGAAACGGAAACGGAAAUGGAAACGGAACAAGUUCCUACGAGCUCUAAGGAUCCGGAAACGCCUGUAUUUGAAGUGCCUGGUCCAAUUCCAGAGAAGGUGAUUGAUGAAGAGAAAAAGAUAGAAUCGGCUCCGGAAUCGAAGAUUCCGAUUCCAGAUUCGGGAAAUCCGCCGAGCUGGAGUAGUGCUUCGAGUCUGGUAGUCGGUGGGGCAAAACUUGCGGCGGAAACCGAUGGGUGGGGGGUCAAACGGGAAGAAUGGGAAUCGAUGAAGCCGGUGGAGGUGGCGGGAGAUCAUGUUGCUACUCCGACUUCCAACAUUGACCAAAAUAUUGACCAAAAUAUUGAUCGAAAUAUUGACCAAAACGCCCAUCCGUCACAGCCGGGUAAUGAUCUGCCAACAUGGCAUGGAAUGGCGGAAAUGAUUGAAUUCAGCACUUUAGCGGAGGAAUCCGUUUCCGAUCUUUUGGCGGAAGUUGAUGCGAUGGAAUCACAAUACGGAUUACCAUCACCUACUUCUAGAAGGAAUAGUUUUGUUGAUGAUUUAUUUAACGGGUCAUUUGACGAAUUUAGCCCUACCCCUGAUCAAGGUACAAGAAGUGACGGGUUUAGUUCUAGUGGAGAUAUUCAAUUACCAUGUCAUUCCACCACCCCAGAUGAACAUCAACAUCAACAUCAGCAUCAACAUCUAGUCGGAUUUGAUUUCAUGAAAAUGUCACAAAAUCCCUUUAUUGCCCCUCAGAGAAGUAGUAAUCCAGGGAAUAUGGGUUUUAAGUGGCCGGAAUCAGAGGGAGGAAUGAUUGACAUAAACAGAUCGGCUAAAGCUGAAGGCGAUGAUGUGGACAUCGAAACAAAAAUCAACGUGGGAAACGGGAAUUACAUUCCGUCCGUUGCCCCGGUUCACUCCGGAAUCAGCUAUGGUGGCGGCAUUGUACACCCGUCGGAAUUCAAAUCCGGCGAACUUAUGCAAGCACCAAAGACAGGUGGUGCAAGAAUGGUGACAAAAGCUUUUCCGGUGAGAGAGGAGGAGGAAGGUGAGUUUAUCCAGCCGGAAGCACCACAACCGCCACUUCUGCCGCCACCGUUGACUUUAGGGUUGGACCCGUUUGACCCACGAGAGCUGGAUUCAGAUAAAUAUAGUCAUUCAGGAAGACAAGGGAAUCGGAGCGGGAACAUAGAAUGGGAACAGAGCCAGAACCAGCGGAGAUACGGCGGUGGUGCUGGCGGCAGUGGUGGUGGAGAGAGAUAUAACAGUAGUGGUAGAGAUCAUCAUGAUGAGGAUACAGGGUAUAGCAGGAGCAGUAGGAGUUCAUGGAACAAGCAGUCUAUAUUGGGUAGUGGUGGUGCUAGUGGCGGCGGUGGUGGUGGAGGCAGUGGUGGUGGAGGGUAUUCGAGGCCGCAAUCGAAAGGGCAGAGAGUGUGUAGAUUUUAUGAGAGUGGGAGGUGUAAGAAGGGGGCUUCAUGCAAGUAUCUGCACCCAUGAGGGUUGGUGGUUUGACUGGUUUCCGGCGGGUUGUUUGACCUUUUUUUUUGUAAAAUCAAUUAUAUUAUAUUAUAUAUAUUAUAUAUAUAAGGCGUGUUAAUGUCAGGUGGGAUAUGUGUAGUUUUAACGUAACUGGCCUCUUGAUUAAAUUAAGUCUUUGGGUGGGUC